UUAAAAUUAUAUCCAGUGUGCACACUCUUGUUUUCAUAGGCCCUACUGUAGAACAGCAGGCUGAAAUGGCUCGAGCUGGUGGCAGGAUCCUGGCAGCAUUACAACCUGAACAGAGAGCUGAUAUUAUCUAUCAUCUUGCUGACUUACUGACAGACCAGAGAGAAGAAAUUCUGUUGGCAAACAAGAAAGACAUGGAAGAAGCUGAGAACAAAGGGAGACUGGCGCUUCCUUUGAUGAAGAGACUGAGUCUGUCUACGUCCAAGCUGAACAGCUUGGCCAUUGGUCUGCGCCAGAUUGCAGCAUCCUCGCAGGACAGUGUGGGCCGUGUCAUUCGCCGGACGCGAAUAGCAAAGGACUUGGAAUUGGAGCAGGUGACAGUGCCCAUUGGUGUCCUGCUGGUGAUCUUCGAGUCCCGCCCAGACUGCCUCCCACAGGUGUCUGCUUUGGCCAUUGCCAGUGGAAAUGGUUUAUUGCUGAAAGGCGGAAGGGAGGCAUCACAUAGCAAUCAGAUCCUUCACCACCUGACACAGGAAGCACUUUCUAUCCAUGGGGUCAAAGAUGCAGUGCAGCUGGUGAAUACCAGAGAGGAAGUAGAGGACCUCUGCCGCUUGGACAAACUGAUAGAUCUGAUCAUUCCACGCGGGUCAUCUCAGCUUGUUAGGGACAUCCAGAAAGCAGCUAAAGGGAUCCCAGGGAUGGGGCACAGUGAAGGGAUCUGCCAUGUAUAUGUGGACGCAGAUGCCAGUGUUGAGAAGGUCACAAGGAUAGUCAGAGACUCAAAGUGUGAAUAUCCUGCUGCUUGCAAUGCUCUGGAGACGCUCUUGAUUCACCGGGACCAGCUGCGAACCCCACUGUUUGAUCAGAUCAUCGACAUGCUGAGAGUGGAGCAGGUGAAGAUUCAUGCUGGCCCUAGGUUUGCAUCUUACUUGACUUUCAGUCCUUCAGAAGUGAAGUCUCUCCGUACAGAAUACGGAGACCUGGAAUGCUGCAUCGAGGUGGUGGACAGUGUCCAGGAAGCCAUUGAACAUAUCCACAAAUAUGGAAGCUCUCACACAGAUGUGAUCGUCACAGAGAAUGAGAAAACGGCAGAGUACUUCCUGCAGCACGUGGACAGUGCCUGCGUGUUCUGGAAUGCCAGCACCCGAUUCUCCGACGGAUACCGCUUGGGGCUUGGUAAGGGAGCAGGAGCAGUUCUUUUGCUCUGCUUGGGUUGCAGAUUUGAAUUUGGGAUUUGUACACCUAGCAGGUACCUGCCUGAAUCCUGGAAGAUGAGGCUGUACCUUCUCUGCCUAGAGCUUCCUGGAAGGAUUUUAGAGAAGAUACUGUAGCAGAAGUAGACAUUUGGAUCUUUCAGCUGAAAGGAUUAGCAGAUAAAAAUCUGGUGGGUGUAGUUAAGUUUGACAGGAGCAGAAAGUACACUGUACCACCUGGAUUAAUUAGGAAGGCGAGUCAGUUAGGAAGGGAGAAAAGAUGUUCUGUUGUGGAACUGAGUAACCUCUAAAGGCCCUAGCCUUGAGGCUGUGUGGUGUUAAGUUUAGUUUAGUGCAUGUGCAUAGCAGGAGAAGACCCUAAAAUGACCAUGCUUAGAUAACAUAUGGUCUUCACUUCAAUUCCAGAGGGGAUUCAGUGGUCUCUUCCGUGAGGAUCGUUAGACCUGGAGAUGAAUGAAUACCUCACACACAUGUGUACGCAUGCAGUCUGGCAUAGUGCAACACCUUUUCACCUGCAUUCGCAGGCUGGGCUGCUGACCACUACAGUCCCAGAAUCGAAAGGGGCUGUGUAUGUGGGGGUGUGGUAUCCUGAGAAAUUCCAGGAGCAGUUCCAUUUCUCUCCUCUCACAAAGCCUUGUGGGAGUUGCAGAAGGCUCCCAGUGCGAGCCUUCAGUGUGAGGGAAGCACUGUUGCUUGGAGCAGCAAUGCACAGGAUGGCCUUGGUCACAAGCUCUGUGGAUGUCUGUAGGAUAUUGCUCAGUUAUGGCAGUAUCCCUGCUGUAUA